GCCGGCAAACCGACCCCAAGGCACACGCGCGCCCAUCGCUCGCUACGCGCAGCAACGCCGGCCCCUCGCGGCCAGGAGCCCUCCUUGGCGCUUCUAACACCCUAAUAUUCGACACUCCACCUGUGGGGGCAAAGCGCCACGGACGCCGGCGUUCGCAGACAGAGCUCGCCGGUUAAAAGGGCACAGGACACCAUCACAAAAAGGGAAUGGACCAUAGUCCACCAUGCUUCUUCACCGCAGAGAUGGAAAUCGUGCCCGAGGGGAAAAACUUUCGAUUGGUAACAGAAGACGAGCUCCCAGCAGUAGCCGAUAUCUUAGUACAGUAUAUGCCUGAAUCUUUAAAGUUCCAUCAAACGAUUCAAACAUAUCUAAACAACAAAGUGUGGGACUUCCAUUUUUAUGUAGCAAAAAAUUGGCCGGAGGAUCCAAUUUGUCUGCAUUUCCCUGGCUGUACCAGUACGCCUAACAGCCACCCAUACGAGAGCGUGACGGUGUUCUGCCCGUCCGAGCGCGCUGAGCUGGUGGACCUACUCACAUCCGAGGACGUCCUACUGGAUCUCACCAAGCCGUUGUACCUGAACUUCACCCACGAAGCCAUAGUCAACCGUUUCGAGAGACACUAUGAAGCCCAUGACAAGAUCACUGGUGAUGUGUACGUCUGUGAUAACCCACCGGAGGAGGCCGAUACUGAUGGGCUGCCAUCGGACGUGGAGCUAGUUCGCCUGCAGCCGGAAAAUAUGAAAGCGGUACAUGACCUGUACCCAGCGAGCGACAUCGAGUGCCGUGAGGUUUUUGAAAAGCUGGUCGCUGAACUGCCCGCCUAUGGGAUCUUCGUCGAAGGCCAGCUGGCCGCGUGGAUGGUCCAAUCCUACUAUGGAGCAAUGUUCUCAAUGCAAACUCGCCCCGAAUUUCGUAGAAAAGGCUAUGGCAUUUACCUGGCCAGGCGUCUAACCAAAGAGGUAGCCGCUCGUGGGUAUAAGCCAUUCGUCGUGAUUCGUCCGGAAAACGACGCGUCCCGUUCUCUCUACUCCAAGCUUGGCUUUGAGAAACGUUUCCGAACGGUGCGCGCCGUUUUGCGCCCUCGCUAGCGCGUAAAAAGUUGAUCACUAGCAGAUUUUAUUUUUUUAAGACUUUUGAAAAAUCAAUCUAGCUUGCGAUCUUUGAUCGCUUAGAGAAUUUUAGUAGUAGCUUUAAGAUUGUCGCGGCUAGCGCUCUCGAUCUGCGCGAUACAAAUUAUAAUAUCCAACCGUGAUAAUUUUUUAAAUUUCUAUUCAAAACUAGAGCCUCUGCAUAAUAUUUCAGCCGUUAGCUUUUUUAAAACUAUACCUACUCUAGAUUGUGUCUUUACUCUUUGAAAUCGUCGACAACGAAUGUUGAAUAUUCAUCUAUCAUUAUAUGCUUCGCAGCAGAUUCGAGAGCUGUAGUCGUACGCUGCGUUCUCUGGCGCUAGCCUAGUCACUGAUCUCAAUGAUUCUAACUUGUCUAGAAUCACUAGGAACCUGAACUUGUUAAGUUCAGAUAUAUACCAAAGAUUUAUGAUGAAUAAGAGGAAGAAAUGAAUGGGCACUAUGUAUGUACUUACUUAACC